CGAUACUACUUGGGUAGCGAUCGAUCAAAGGAUCGAUGAGUUGGCUCGGGGCUACGGCCCCGACAGGACCUCUCCGGAGGUUCUCUCCGAGGCACUAAAGCCUCUCAGUCUGCGGAUAGCCCCGGAUUGGGCGAGCUGGAGGCCGGCAUCGGUGCGACGGAUAGACCUCGCACCGGGGCUGGCCGCGCCAACCCUCGGUGGCCCUACAUCGACCGUGGAACGAUGGUUAGCCCUCGCUCCGCGGUAUGCAGGGUACCGAGCGAACGGUCAACUGGCUUCUCUACCCUGUGGAUAGUCCCGGGGAAGGUAAGCCGUGGCUGGACACCGCGUCGACGGAUAGUCCUCGUCGCGGGGUCUGCCAGAUCGUCGGGAAGUCAACUCCAGGAACAAUCUCGGUAAUAUUAAUAAGAGAAAGGCAGGCCAGAAGUGGCCAUUAACCUGGUGUUAUUUAUUUUCCUACCCUCCUCCUCCUCUCGGACACGAGUAGACCUAAGAUCCCACCGUAGUUGUGUAAGUAUCGCGAACGUUGCGAAGACGGACCCCAACCGUACCGCGUACCCCGCGUCGGACGUUCCCCUGACCGUACCGCGAACGCCGCGCCGGAUGUUCCUCCGACCGUAGGAUAUAAGAUAGAAUGUAAGCUAGCAUGUAAGAUAGUAUGUAAGCUCAAAUGUUAUACCGCGCCGCCACCGCCGCUGUUUUAUAGAAAGGCACUGUAUUAACCGUACCAUCACAUUGCAUUUUAUUGUAAAAAGCAAUCACCGUGGAGGGAGCCGCCACAACAUUCCAGGCCCUGGUCACGUCAAGGGACAGAUCACCUCAGCCGACCACGAUGCAGCCCGCCAUACAACCAGCUGCUCCACCAGCAACCUGCCUCAUGACGCCGAAGACUCCCGGAAGACGCCCAACAGUGAACAUCGAGCUUCCGGACGGCAGCAUCUUCCCACUGCCUCUGGGCUUCCGUCGACAUCGAAAGAUAUCCCAGGGGCGCCGGUGGACUAUCAUCACCGACCCCGCCACCGGCAAGGUCCUCGAAUUCCGGUCCGCCGCCAAGAAAGCCACCACCGUGGAGGGGGCCACCACGACAUCCCAGGCUCCGGUCACGCCAAGGGACAGAUCACCUGAGCCGACUACGAAGCAGCCCGCCAUACAACCAGCCGCUCCACCAGCAACCUGUCUCAUGACGCUGAAGGCUCCCGGAAGAUGCCCAACAGUGAACAUCGAGCUUCCAGACGGCAGCGUCCACCGACUGCCUGUGGGCUUCCGUCGGCACCGAAAGAUAUCCCAGGGGCGCCGGUGGACUAUCAUCACCGACCCCGCCACCGGCAAGGUCCUCGAAUUCCGGUCUGCCGGCAAGAAAGUCACCACCGUGGAGGGGACCGCCAUGACAUCCGAGGCCCCGGCGGAUACAAGUAAUAAGGGAUAGCUAUAGUUGCCUAGGAACGCGGCAGGAUGAGAUCGACAUCGUUACAGAUUUAAAUAUAUCUUAUUAUGAACACAUAAACAUAAUAUGUUUAUAGUAUUACAACUCAAACUUAAAUGUUUAUAAUAAAUUUGUAGUGUCAUAAAUAUAAAUUAAUAAUAAAUGUUAUGGACAUAUCUGAUAUACUAAAUCAUGAAAUCUUGUAAGAAUCACUUAUUAUUGAAAAAUAAAAUACGUGUUUUAAAAUGUUAUUAAAAAGCAAAUGUUUGUGAAAUGAAACGAUAUAACAAAUAUUUAUAAUUUGUAAGAAAAAGUAUAACCGAUAGUUGCGAUAUUAAAUAUUGUUAAUAAAAAAAAAUAAUGUAGCAACAAAACCGUUAGUUUUCAUAAAGGAUAAUAUUGACUAUGUUGGAUAGUUUUUUUUCUAUAGCUAUGUUUAAAAAGUACUUGGAAAUUUACAGUAUGAAGUUAAGCUUUGAAUUAACUAAUGAUCUAAUAAAGCUAUCUGAAAUUUUA